CUGUUGGCUUGUUCCAGGAAACUCAGCGCUUGUGUCAGUUUGACAUGGGGCUCAGCGAUAAACACAAAGAGCGGAGAGACGCUGAGUAAAGCGGGCAGAUAGCUGGAUAAAGCGCGGAGGAUAAGAGCCGGGGGGCGGUACAGCAGAGCGCUGAGAGACGGAGGCAGCGGGUCGGUUAGAGCAGGUGUGUAGGUUAGCUAUGUGUGGAAAGUUGCUGGUUGUCUGUGCAGUUAUGCUAAAGCGGCUAACAGGCUCAGUGUAGUAGCGACUGUAACCUUUACCCCCGCAGCUCCUCUCUCUCUGACCGGGGCGCUGGAGUUGUUUGCUCGCCGUUUGUUUGUUAGUCCGCUUUGUCAGUGUGUGUGCUGUCAGCUCUGUGGUGUAUAAUAUGCGGAGAAGACGAGAAGGACCCCGCUAGGUUAACUAGCUAAUUAGAAAGCUAGCUAAGCUGCUGAGAGACUAACUAAACUAGCUUAGCAUGUGUUUACAUGUUUCUGUUUCUGUUUUGCUGCGCAGUGUAACUCCACGUUAGCCAGCUAGGCUAUCUUAAUUACUCUGGUUGUCUGGGGGUUCUUUAUAGCUAGUUAAAUGUUCUGGCAACACUAUUAUUAAGUUACUUUCAGCUGUCUAGUUUAGCAAGGUGUGGAAUAAAGUGACUAAGCUAACUACAUAACUGGUUGCUUUCACGCCUGGGCCUAAAAGAAUGACUUCAAAUGACCGCUGUAAGCAUUCAGAGUGAAACCCCUGUCCGUUGCUACCGAAGAUCCCCUCCCAUUUACCCCCACCUCAGCCCAGUCCCUCCACCCUGACGUCUCAUAAUGUUGGAGGGACUUGUUGCCUGGGUACUCAACACAUACCUGGGCAAAUAUGUCAGCAAUCUUAACACUGAUCAACUUUCUGUCGCUCUCCUCAAAGGAGCGGUAGAACUUGAGAACCUUCCAUUAAGGAAAGAUGCCCUCAGAGAGUUUGAUCUUCCUUUUGAAGUCAAAGCAGGCUUCAUUGGGAAGAUUGUGCUCCAGAUCCCCUUCUAUCGUCCUCACAGUGACCCAUGGCUCAUUUCCAUGUCCCAGCUGAAUCUUAUUAUUGGCCCUGCACACCCUCAGGAAUACGAUGAGGCACAGGAAAAGGAAGCCGAGCGAGAGCUGAAGAAACAGCUGCUCAAAGCCUUGGAGGACAAAUGGAAGAGUGAAUGUGAGCAGAAGGGAGAGUCAUACUGGUACUCUGUCACUGCCUCUGUGGUCACCAGAAUAGUUGAAAACAUUGAGCUGAAGAUUCAAGGUGUUCACUUAAGGUUUGAGGAUAACUUCUCCAACCCAGAAAAACCAUUCGCGUUUGGAGUGUGUAUUAAGAAUGUGUCGGCACAGAACCCAUCUAAAGAACUGGCUCAGAAGCUCAUGCGACAGAAGCAGUUGGAAAUCGAGGAGUUCAGUGUGUACUGGGAUACCAAGUGCACUAUGCUUGGAAAUCUUCCUCCAGCUGAGAUACAGGAGAGCAUGACUGCCUGCAUGCAGAGCCGAGAGCAUCAGUACAUAUUUGAGCCUGUGUGCGCUUCUGUGCUGCUGAGGAGGAACGCCUCUAAGGAGCCUCUGCGCUCUCGCAGUACCCCCCGCAUUGAGGGUCAGGUCCAGCUGGAGCCUCUGUCACUGCAUCUCUCACAGGUCCAGUAUCAGCAGAUAAUGGCCUUUCUCAAAGAGCUGGACAGAAAAGAGAGGGAGAUGCUGUUCCGCAAGUGGAGACCCAAAGUCCCUGUCUCAGGAAAUUGCCGCCAGUGGUGGAUAUUUGCCAUCAGUGCAAACCUAGACGAGAUCAGGGAGAAGCGAAGGCGAGGGAACUGGGAUUUUGCUCUUCAGCGAGCGCGCGAUGCUCAGCUCUACACUAGCCUUUACCGCCAGAGGCUUAAAGGAGUUACUCUGAGCCCACAGGAGGAGGAUGAGUUUGAGAGGAUUGAAGAUGAGCAGACCCUGGAGGAGUUGCAGAGUCUCAGGGAAAUCGUUCAUGACUCUUUUCGCAAGCAGGAGGAAAUCGCAGAGAGUGUAAGAGAGCCCAUGUCAGAACCACCAGCCUCCUCCCCUUCCAGUUCAAUUCCAAGGAGUGGAAGUUCGGGUAUGAUCCAGUACCUGCAAUCCUGGUUCCCCGGAUGGGGUGGCUGGUAUGGAGGUGCUGAGAGGGGGCCAGAUGGGCAGCCAGUAACAGAUGAGCUCAUGCCUGGAACUGCUCAGUGGGAUAUUCUGACUGAAACAGAUGAUCUCUUCGACCCUUUGGAAGACUCUCAGACUCUCAACACUUUUACCAGGAGGGAUCACCUCUUUGCACGGCUGGAUUUCCUUCUAGAGAAGGCAGCGGUCACUCUUUUCCAGCAGGAUAAAUUGAAUCCACUGUCCAGUGAGAGUGGAGUUAUUCAGUUGGAGUUUUCAGGCGUGAAGAUUGGCAUUGAGUCACUGCCUCGCUCAGAGUCUUCUCUGCUCUCUGUAAAGCUUGGAGGAUUAUUUCUAAGAGAUCUCACCACACAGGGCUCCAUAUUCCCAGUAUUGGUGUCUCCAAAACCAGACAAAGUUGCAGUUGCCAUCAAUCAACCCUUUGGACAGAGUAGUAGUACAGACAAAAGCAACGUUGCUGCUGAUACUGAGUCUUCUGCGUCUCCUGUCUUUGAGAUGAUCUAUGAGCGUAACCCGAUAAGAAGCAAAUUUGAGAGGAGACUGGAGGUCAAUACCAGCCCUCUCAACAUUAUCUACAAUCCUCAGGCUAUCAAGAAAGUGGCCGACUUUUUCUAUAAGGGUCGAGUACAUACCUCAGGGUUUGGAUAUCAAUCUGAGCUAGAAUUGAGAGUGGCUGAAGCAGCAAGGAGGCAAUAUAACAAGCUCAAAAUGCAGACAAAAGCUGAAAUCCGUCAGACCAUAGACCAGCUUCUAGUUGGAGAGUUCAUUGAGAAUAGUAAGCGUUGGACGAUGAAACUGGAUAUAUGUGCUCCUCAAGUUAUAUUUCCAGAUGAUUUUCAGUCUGAUGACCCAAUGCUAGUGGUAGUUGAUCUUGGUCGUAUCCUUCUUACCAAUUCACAAGAUGAUCUUCAAACAAAGUCCAAAGCCACUCCAUCAGAAGGGGAUGAGUUAAGCGACGAGGAAUACCAGACUCCUCUAGCUACACCUCCACCUGAAUCAGAGACGGAUUUCAAAGAGCAGGAGAAGACUGUGGACCUCUCUAGCCUCAAAUCUGUGGAGGGAUCCCAGUCUUUUAGCAGGAUGCUGUAUGAGAAAUACUCCUUAUCAUUCAAUGAUCUGCAGAUCAUGGUUGGUCGCUACAAAGACAACUGGAAACAUCUUCAGGAGAGUGAAGUGGGGCCCACCCAUGUCGUGGAGAAGUUUAAUGUGCUCUUACAGCUGGAACAGAGGCUGCGUUACACCUCGGACCCUCAGCUGCCAGGAGCGGUUCUGUCUGGGACUUUACCAGACCUGAAAGUGCACAUCAACUUGGAGAAGAUGACCGCACUGAGAAGCUGCCUGGCUAGGCUGAGCAGUACUAGUGAAGAUGAGGGCAGAGGUGAUAAAGCUGAGAGUCUCAGGUCUCCUGAUCCUUUAACGCUUCGCCAUGAAAAAAUCUUUCAAAGAGAGGACAGUCAGUGGAAGCUCCAAGGGUCUGACAAAAACCUCACAAAGAGUGUGAUGACCCUUGAGCAGCACACACGGGAGGUUCUGGUUGAAUCCAGGCUCCUCCUUGCAGAAUUCAACAUAAACUACAUGCAGCUUGGUGUUGAAAGUGGAGGGCGGUAUAUCUCCGUCCUCAAGGUGUUUGGUACAAAUGCUCAUUUCGUGAAGCGACCUUAUGAUGCUGAGGUUGCCCUCACAGUUCAUGGUCUUCUCUUGGUGGAUACCUUGCAGACAUAUGGCUCUGACUUUGACCUGCUUGUGGCAUCCCAUAAACACCUCAGUUUUGAUGUGCCCACUGGCAGUUUAAGAGAAAGCCAACCUACGUCACCAGUUUCACAAGAUGGGAAGUCACCAGAGCCUUCAGAACUGGGAAUGCCCUUUGACAAGGUAUCUCCGCUCAGCUCGUUUCUUAGAGACCAGGAGGUUCUCAUUAAGCUGGAAUAUCAGUUUGUCAGCUCAGACUGUCCAUCCAUGAACUUGGAUAGCUCCCUUCAGGUUACCACCUUGCAGGUCAACAACUUGGAUAUUAUUCUCAACCCUGAAACUAUUGUAGAGCUGCUGAAGUUUCUCCAGCAGUCCUUUCCCAAAGAAGAAAGCUCUUGGACUCCACCAACACCUCAACCACCACCACCACUGCCCAAUGGACAGGGUCAGGACGAGACGUAUCAGUCUACAUAUGAUCAGAAUACAGAAUUGACUGUAGAAAUCCAUAGAUUAAAUUUGCUUCUUCUGCGGACAGUUUCGACUGGAACUGUCAUGGGUGGCGAAAAGAGGGGCAUGAAAAUUGCCACGGCCAGUAUAAAUGGGACAAAGGUCAAUGUAUCAAUGGGAAGUCGCCUGGACAUCAAUGGCUCCUUGGGAUGCAUUCAGCUUUUAGAUCUUACUCAGGAAAGUGGACGAGGCCAGUUUGUGGUCAGUAUCGGAAAUUCAGAAGAUGACCCUUCUGCAACAAAAGCUUCUGAAUUAACCAUUCCUACAUCUGCAUUAACUUCCUCCGAAGCUUUAAAUUUCCGUCUUUUGGAAAAGUCUCAAGGAGAGUGUUCUUUAGAACUUCAUAUGGCAUCAUUGCACUACAACCACUCUGCCAAGUUCUUAAAAGAACUCAGUCUGUCUGCCAAUGAGGUAGAAGACAACUUCCGCUCCAUGCUUAAGACUGCUGCUACAAAAGUAUCCACAGUGCUGGCCACAAAAACAGCAGAAUACAGUGGGAUGGUGUCUCUGUUUGAGACCCCAUCUAGGAGAUCCAGGUCACAUAGUCAGUGCAACUGGACACUGGACCCCUUUGAAGAUGAAAUGGAUCUAAUAGAUGCUAAGGAAGAACCAGGCCUGGACUCCUUUCUGGUUAAACUUACUCUAAAUGUCAGUAUAGAAUCUCCUGUUGUGUCCAUUCCUCGGAAACAUGGCCACCCAGAGCUUCUUGUCGGUCACUUGGGAAGCAUUACCAUUCAGAACUUUGUCGCUGGACAAGACUCUGAAGGGGAGAAGUUACAGGUUGAAAUUAAGGAUAUACGGCUGUAUUCUGUCAAUACCAGUCAGCUAGUUUUGAGGAAGGCACCUCGCCCUGACAGCAGCUUCAAUUCCAGUCAAUCACCAGCUCAUAGCAGCACUGUCGGCUUUGAAGAGCAACGGUUUACUCGCCAUGACUUCUUUGAGUAUCUAAGCCGUGGAAAAGCUUUCCACAUUCUAAAAGACACCACCAUUCAGUGCACUCUGGAGAAAGUUCCCAUAGAUGAGAACACACAGUUCACCUUUCUAUCUUGUGAUGAACCAUACCAAAGUACAGGACUGUUGAGAGUUGAGGGCAAAUUUGUGAACGCUGUACAGGUUUUCCUCUGUAAGCCUGUGUAUGAGCAGGUCCUUCAAACUCUGGAUAACCUGUCAGUCAUUGAAGACCAGAGAGUGUCUCCCAGUCAGCCACCAACUCCCCCACCACCUACACCCUCCUCCACCAAACCACAUCGCUUCCCAGACCCACAGGGUGGCUUGUUUGCUCGAGAUCCCCCUCUUAUUGGAUUAUCAUACUCUUCAAUAUCAUCCUCCCUCUCAACCCCACUACCGCUCCAGAGCACCAGCCCUCCUCUCCAGCCUCCCUCCUUCACCCAGAUCAGAAUCAACUUCAAGGUGUCUGAGCUCCAGGUGCAGCUGAGUGCAGACCUCAGCCAAGGGUCUCAGGGAUUGGUCAGUGUUCGGUUCCAGGACCUGGAGGGAGACUUUGCUAAGGACCAUCCUUACUCUUUGUCAGUCCAGCUGGCCCUUCGUUCCCUGCUAAUGGAAGACCUUCUAGAACAAAAUCCAGAGUCCAAGCACAAGCACCUCAUGGUUUCUAGAGGCGCUCCAAAGCCGUCUACCUUCAGUCCUAAAGAGUACCUCUCUCAAUCGUGUCCAUCGGCAUCCAAUGCCAUGUACCCAGACAUGCCGCGCUCACUGCCAGCUCAAAUCGAGGAGGCCCAGAAUGUCUUCCAGUUUUAUCAGAGGCACCCCAGUACUCCGUCUGCGUCCAGCCGCAAAAGUAAGAAGGACCCAGAAUGCCCCAGCACCCCUCCCCCUUCACCCUCUCGGAAUACACCAUCCCCUCAUCCUCCACCAGACUUUGAUGACUCCCUGGUUCACAUUAAUGUUCUUCUGGUGGACAAGCGACACCCGGAGUUUAAGACCCGCUAUGGCAGCGUCGGACGUAGCAUAGAUGUAGACUUCAACUGCCUGGACGUUCUCAUCACGCUGCAAACCUGGGUCGUCAUUCUGGACUUUUUUGGCAUCGGUUCUACUGCCAAUAACCAUGCUGUGAAAGUGCCUACAACCUCUCCUCAGCCCAUGCCUGGACAUCCACUAUACAACACAGCUCCCACUGACUUAUCUGAUAUGUGCUCGGAAAUGAGCGAGGAGGAAAUGGAGGAGAGGGUCAACACUAAAAUAGACCUGAAGGUUCAUUCCCUGACUCUGGUGUUGAAUAAGAAGAUCACUGAGCUUGCUAAGGCUAGCGUGUCUAAACUGUUUACACACUUAGAAAUGAUUGAUGGAGAUCUUGCCUUGCAAGGAAGCCUGGGUAGUCUGUCACUGAUCGACCUGACCCCUCAUGGUGACCUGUACAGGGAGCGCUUCACAACUCGGGGUGGAGAGGCCCUCAUCUUCAACAUACACAAGUAUGGAGAGCCUGACCCUUACCUAGAAAGGGAGUGUGAUAUGAAGGUGUCUCUGCAGAUGGCUUCAGUGCAGUAUGUCCACACACAGCGGUUCCAGACUGAAGUGGUGGCUUUUAUCCAGCAUUUCACUCAGUUACAAGACGUUCUAGGCAGACAGAGAGCAGCAGUGGAAGGUCAGGCUGUCCGUGAACGACCCCAGCGAGCCUCCCGCAUGCUCUUGGACAUUGAGGCAGGGGCUCCUGUCCUCCUGAUCCCAGAGAGCUCCCGCUCAAAGCGCCUCAUAGUGGCCAACCUAGGCCAGCUCAAAGUGAGCAACAGAUUCCUGCCAGCAGGAACCCACGGCACCUUCUCUCUCAGAGACAAGGUAGAGAAACUUACCAUGGCACAUACCUUUUUCCCCUCUCUGGAUCAGGUGAACAAUGCUCAACCUGCUUCUUCAAAAGCAAGGGAGAAUACAUCAGCAAGCAAAGUCAAAGCCUCCAGCACCACAGCCUCUGCAAGCUCUACUUUCACUCUUGGUAGACCCCAGCCUGCCAUGGGGUGCAUGCCUGAAGACACCAUGCCCCCAAGCCCAGAAGAUCACGUAUGUCUCCUGGACUGCAUUGCCCUGGAUCUGGAGGAGAUGGAUUUAUUUGCUGCAGAGCGGCUGCCUUGUGAACCGUGGGACAGUGGAGGGAAGCAUGUGGACACAGAUUUGGUGUUUACAUCCUACUCAGUGCGCAGAACAGGAGGCAGUCUACUGAAAGAGCGCUGCCGCCUCAAACUAAAAGUGGAGCGUAACCUAGACAAGGAGCUGAGUCAUGCAGUCCCAGAUAUGUCCAUCCAUGGCAGCCUGUCUUCUGUGCACUGCUCCCUGAACCUGGAGAGGUAUCAGCUAAUCCGUGGCCUGCUGGAGCACAACCUAGGAGAGCCUGUGGAGGAGUUCCUCAGACCCUACAACUUGCAGGAUCCCAGUGGCUAUACGGUGCUGAGUGGUGACGUUUAUACAAGCCUCUCGCUCCUAGUUGACAUGAUGAAUGUCAGUCUGGAGUUACUGGAUGGCCCCAAAUCCUCUGGGCAUAAGCAGUCUUUGGCAAGGUUUGACUUCAUGAAGUCCAAGUUGCUGUUUGAGAGCUUUUCCAAUGGGUCCAAGUCUGUGAACUUGGUCUCUCAUUCACUCCUGGCCUAUGACACGCGGAACAGCGGCCCCAGCAAAGCCACAGAGGGCAAGCAUAAUGUGUUCGACUGCAUUCUACAGCCCUCUAGAACUGGCACCAACCGGUCCUCCCUGCAGCUGGAGCUGCAUUAUAGAUCUACCCGAGACUCUUCGUGUUUCACUGUAGUCCUGAAUAACCUGCGUGUGUUCCUGAUCUUCGACUGGCUCCAGCUGGUCAGAGACUUCCUGCACAUGCCAGCGGAGAAGGGGGCAGCACCCAGCCGCCAGCGUUGGCCCAGUGGCAGCAGUGACCCGGGCAGCACAGGCGCCGUCAUGCCCAAAACCGUCAAGAGUGGCGUCGUUACUAAACGCUCUACUGUUCCGGUCACCCAAGACAAAUAUCUGGAGUUCAAGCUCAAUGUGACGGGCACAGAGUUUGUGGUUGUGGAAGACUCUUCGUGUUUGGACACCAAUGCCAUCAUCCUGAAGGGCACCACUGUUCUCACCUACAAGCCGCGCCUUCUGGACCGACCCUUCUCUGGCAGCUUGGCUGGAAUUGAGGUGUUUUCUUGCCGGCUUGGCAGUGAGCAGGAGACAGCCCUGUCCAUCAUUGAUCCCGUGAACGUACAGGUGGAGCUCUGUGGCAGCCCUACCUACCAGAGCAGCUCUGGACUGCUGGAUGCCUUCAAUAUUGAGGACUUUCCUCCUUUGCUGGAGAUCCAGUUUCCUGCUCUGGAUAUUCGACUUUCCUACAAUGAUGUACAACUCUUUCUGGCUAUUGCCAAGUCUAUCCCCACCGGGUCCCCUAGUAUCACCGACCCUGCUUCUGUCUCCCAGACAGCCCCUUCCACUGCCAGUCCAGAUACUUCCUCCAAACCAAAAGACAGCUUCAGGCACCGUACAGAGGCCCUACUGGAAGGCCAGCUAACACACUUGCAGGAUUUGGGAUUCAGGAAGGAAGACUGCAGGCGGGCUCUAAUUCUCUGCAGAGGCCAGCUGGAUCAGGCUGCUACAUGGCUGCUGGAGAAUGCAGAGGCCAUGUCUGGAAGGAGCAGAUCCAACUCUGAGUCAGGCUCCCACUCAGCUACACCUCUCUCUGGGGUGGAGGUCAAGGCAGAGAGCGUGUGUAUCUGCUUCAUUGAUGACUGCCUGGAUCGUGAUGUCCCCCUGGCUGAGCUCACCUUCUCACGGCUGUCGGUGCUUCAGAGGAUUGGAUCGACCCAAGAAGGAAAUGCUAGCUUCACUCUGUCUGGAGAUUACUACAACAGAGAGCUCUCAGGCUGGGAGCCGUUUAUUGAACCCUGGCCGUGUGUUCUAAACUGGCAGCAGCAGGCGGCAGGCCGUCUCCAUCCUCCUCGCCUGAAGAUGGGAGUGCGAGCCAAGCAGAGGCUGGACAUCAACAUCACCUCUGUCUUACUGGAGCAGUACAGCACCACCAAGACUUCGUGGUUAGCAGAUUACUGUAAGGAAGACGAGCAGUCGCCACAGUCCUCCUCCUCUUCCUCGCUGUCUUGGAUGGGCUCCUCUGUGGACCCCCCUUCCUUUGGCCAGAGUGUGCCUCUUGCCCACCUUAGAACUAGGAGCACUGCCAGCUUGACUUGCCUUGAGCAGCAGAUACAUGCCCGAGCGGAUGUGAAGCUUUCAAAGAGGAGGCAGCCAUUUAUUCCUUAUGCCUUACGUAACCAUACUGGCUGUACCAUGUGGUUUGCCACGCUCACCACCACCCCAACCAGGGUGGCACUGUCUCACAGCGGUAGUGCUGAUUCUAUAUCAGACGUGCAUGGGCCGGGGACGGAUGACACACAUAACAUCAGUCAGUGGAGAGAAGUGCUGCCAGGAGAGGAGAUUCCUUUUGAGUUUGAGGCCCGUGAGAAACUUAGGCACAGACACACCCAUGAGCUGAAGCUGCACCAGCUGCUGGUGCGUGUUGGAGGCUGGGAGCAGGUGAAGCCUGUCUCAGUAGAUAAGGUCGGAGUGUUCUUCCGAUACGCCGCUCCUGAUCGCAAUAACCCCUCCAACACCGUUGGAAGCCCAAUCAGCAGAACCAACAUCAUACAUCCUCAUGUAUAUUUCUCGGCCUUGCCCCCUGUUAGAGUGGUCUUCUCCAUCACCAUGGAGGGUAGUGCACGCAAAGUCAUCACAGUGCAGUCUGCUCUCAUGGUGAAAAAUCGUUUGGAGGUUCCAAUGGAGGUCCGACUGGACAGCCCCUCUGCUCCAGACAAACCAGUCGUGCUUCCACCAAUCCUGCCCGGGGAAGCCCUGGCUAUUCCACUCCACCUAACUUCAUGGAGGCUUCAGGCUCGACCCAAAGGCCUGGGGCUGUUUUUCUGUAAGGUGCCCAUACACUGGACCAGUGUGGAACGCCCGGGGGAGAUCAGCAGCAGUAAGAGGGAGUGCCAGUCAGCGGACUUUGAUGACCAGCUCAAACGCAGCUUCAGGUUUUGUGUUGUAAUCAAAAAAGAGCACUACCCCGACCAGCAGCCUGCCAAAACCGUCAGUGGUGGUGCCAAGCAGAUCUACCGACAGCCAGGUCACACCAUCUACCUACUGCCCACAUUAGUGCUGGCUAAUCUGCUGCCCUGUGACCUUAACUAUUACAUCAAAGGGACUUCAAUUAAGGGAACCAUGAAGCCAGGAAAGGAGGCAGUGCUCCAUGCGGCAGAUACCUCACAGAAUUUGGAGUUGGGUAUUCUCCUGGAGAACUUUACAGUGUGUAAGGAGCUGUUGAUUCCUCCUGGCACACAGAACUACGUGGUGCGCAUGCGUCUGUACGACACCAACAGACGACUGCUGUGUCUCACGAUCCGCAUCGUUCUCCGUGCACAGGGAGCGCUCAAGAUCCUUAUCUCCGCCCCCUACUGGCUUCUAAACAAGACCGGACUGCCUCUGAUCUUCCGCCAGGACAACGGAAAAAUGGAUGCUGCUGGGCAGUUUGAGGAGCACGAGUUGGCGAGGAGUCUAAGCCCACUUCUCUUCUGUUAUACAGAUAAAGAGCAGCCUACCAUGUGUACUAUGCGAGUUGGGAAAGGGAUCCACCCAGACGGUGUUCCAGGGUGGUGUCAGGGUUUCUCUUUGGAUGGAGGCAGUGGAGUUCGGGCAGUCAAAGUAAUCCAGCCUGGAAAUAGACCAGGACUCAUCUAUAAUAUAGGCAUUAAUGUCAGAAAGGGCAAAGGGAGGUACCAGGACACCCACAUUGUGACUUUUGCACCACGCUAUCUUCUUGACAAUCAGUCUUCGCAUAAACUGGCCUUCUCCCAAAGAGAGUUUGCCAAAGGGAAGGGCACAGCCAAUCCCGAUGGCUACAUCUCCACCCUGCCAGGAUCCAGCGUGGUGUUCCACUGGCCUAGAAACGACUAUGACCAACUGCUGUGUGUCCGACUCAUGGAUGUAACCAACUGCACCUGGUCUGGAGGGUUUGAGGUCAACAAACCAAAAUCUUUCCAUGUCAAUAUGAGGGACACUUUGGGGAACUGCUUCUUUCUUCGUGCCGAGAUCACCCUGAAAGGAGCAACAUAUCAAAUCUCAUUCAGUGAUGCUGACCAGUUACCCCCUCCCUUCCGCAUAGACAACAUCUCUGAAGUGCCUAUUCAGUUUUGGCAACAUGGAGUUCCAGACAUUAGAUUGCAUACGGAAGUGAAGGCUGGGGCAGUGCUGGACUAUGCCUGUGAUGAGCCCACUCUUUCCCCUUACCUCACUCUGACUGUAAAAGGAGCCGGCUCCUCUGAGGUCACCGCCGACAUGAACUUCUUCAGAGAGUACAACAAGCUCUACUAUGAGAACUUCAUCUACAUCGCUGCCACUUUCACUUUCUCUCAGGAUGCAAGUAAAAGACCAGGAGUAAUAAAGCGCGUGGCCAGCAGUGCUGAACUGGUGUUAGAUGUUGAACCAAAGACACAAAGAGUGAUCCUGAAGAAAAAGGAGCCAGGCAAGAGAUCUCAGCUGUGGAGAAUGACGGGGAAAGGAAUGCUUUGUCAUGAGGGUUCCUCUCCUCCUCAGAGUAAACCUGCCCAGCCCCGACCUCUCGACUCUUCACUAGUGCUGGACAUCGCCGGACUGGCGGCUGUCACAGACAACAGUUAUGAGCCUCUGAUGCUGAGGAGGCCAGACUCUCGCCGCAGUACUACCCAGACAUGGCACUUCAGCUCUGGCAUGCUGACCUGUGGCUUACCCAGACUGGUGGUGCAGGUUAAGGGAGGAGUCUCAGGGCUGUAUGAUGGUGCAGAGGUGGUGCUGGGGCCUACGCAAGGAUUGCUUGAUCUCCUUCCAGAGCAGCAGUUCAUUAACCAGAAGAUGAGACCAGGCUCUGGGGUCCUGUCUGUUCAGGUUCUGCCCGAUGGACCUACUCGUGUACUGCAGAUUAGUGACUUUAAUCAGCGCCGCAUAAACAGAACUUCUCCCAGCACAGAGGAGGAACCUAGUAAGGAGGAUCAGAAGAAGACUGUUGAAGAGGAACUUGAGUUGUUGGUGAACCUUGAGGAUGGCGUGGGUCUUUCCCUGGUGAACAAAGUGCCUGAGGAGCUGGUUUUUGCCACACUGACAGGCAUCAAUGUGCACUUUACUCGCACUGCUGCUAGCAAGAUGCUGGAGCUCAGCGUGCAGAACAUUCAGGUGGAUAACCAACUCCUUGGCACCACUCAGCCUGUUAUGCUGUGUGUGACUCCAGGCUCUAGUGAGAGCACUGUGGCAGACUCCGGACCUGCUUUGCAAAUCAAUGCUGUCAAAGUGCCCAGCAGUCUCAUGCUCACAGAGCUCUUCAAACACCUGAUGGUCACUGCCCGGCGCUUUACAGUCAUCAUUGAAGAGAAACUCCUGCUCAAGAUACUGGCAUUCUUCGGCUAUGGACAAACAGAAGAGGUCGAGAAGUUGGAUGAGAACCUGUAUGAGAAGGCCAGUGAGGAUGCAGGGCCUCCAAAACGAUACUACUUUGAGAACCUUAAAAUCAGCCUUCCCCAGGUCAAACUGAGUGUCUUCACAUCUCACAAGCUGCCUCCAGACCUCAUGGCUCUAAAGGGAACUUUGGGAACACCUCUUAUCAAAUUUGAGGAUGCCGUCAUUAACAUGUAUCCCUUCACUCGAGUUCACCCCUACGAGACCCAGGAGAUCAUCAUCAAUGAUAUUCUCAAGCACUUCAGAGAGGAGCUGCUCAGUCAGGCUGCUCAGAUCUUGGGCUCAGUGGACUUCCUGGGCAACCCUAUUGGCCUGCUGAAUGAUGUUACAGAGGGUGUAUCAGAGCUCAUCAAGUACGGCAAUGUGGGAGGUCUCAUCCGUAACGUAACGCAUGGCGUCUCAAACUCGGCAGCAAAGUUUGCUGGUACCCUUUCUGACGGCCUUGGAAAGACCAUGGACAACCGGCACCAGAGCGAGCGAGAGUACAUUCGUUAUCACGGAGCCACCAGCGGAGAACACCUGGUGGCAGGCAUUCAUGGACUUGCUCACGGUAUUAUCGGCGGCCUGACGAGUGUCAUCACAUCCACAGUGGAGGGUGUGAAGACUGAGGGAGGUGUUAGCGGCUUCUUCUCAGGAUUAGGGAAAGGACUUGUCGGCACCGUGACCAAGCCGGUAGCGGGAGCUCUGGAUUUUGCCUCUGAAACAGCUCAGACUGUGCGAGACAUGGCCAGCCUGAGCAACCACAGGCUAGGUGUGCAGCGGGUGAGGAAGCCACGCUGCUGUAAGGGUCCUCAGGGAUUGCUUCCACGCUUUUCCUCCACACAAGCUGAUGGGCAGGAGCAACUCUUCCGCCUCACCGACAACAUCCACUCCGAAUACUUCAUCGCUGUGGAGCCUAUAGACACCUACUGUGUGCUCAUCUCCUCUAAAGUGGUGUACUUCCUCAAGCCUGGGGAAUACGUGGACCGAGAAGCAAUUUUCCUGGAGGUCAAAUACGACGACCUCUAUCACUGUCUGGUUUCUAAGGACCAUGGGAAGGUGUAUGUUCAGCUCACCAAGAAAGCUGAAAGCACAGGCAGUGCUGUGGCCAUCCCAGGCCCAUCCCACCAAAAACCUAUGGUUCAUGUGAAGAGCGAGAGCCUUGCUGUCAAGAUCUCCCAAGAAAUCAACUACGCCAAGAGCCUUUACUACGAGCAGCAGCUCAUGUUACCCCCCAGCGACAACGAGGACAGCCUCUUACUGGACUCCUAACUCUGUAUUUCUACUAACCUGUUUAUUGGAACUGAAGGCAUUUCUUCCUGUAGAGCUUUUGGGACUAGAAAGCAGUGAAUCAGAAAGAGAGUGCAGUCGUCUGCAGUCAUUCACACUGAAGGGAUUCUUUUAUGAUGCAAACAACUACUGUCUACUGUAAUAUUCUACAUUUAAGCACAGAUUUAACUAUGAAAAAUAUGCAAGUAUAUUUUAUUAAGUUCUGUGUUUUGUUUUUGUUUUUUACAGCUAUGUAUAGAGUUUGAGUGGUGUUUGUUGCUGAGAGUAUAUAUACAUAUAUAUAUAACUAUAACAUGUAUAUGUUUGUGUAUAGAGCAAAUAUGUACAUAUAAAUAUAUAGAUACACGCCAGUAUGCCACUGUCUGCCAUGUACUGUACAUAUUGUUAUUGAGAAAUUAUGGAGGUCUGAGAGGAAGUGGAUUCUGGGAUUGCUGUACAAACUGCCUUUAAAGACGUUUUUUUAUUACUAUCUAUAUAUCUAUAGAGGGUGUUGUUUGUGGAUGAUAUUUCACUUUGAAUUGCACUGAUAGAGAUGUAACAAAAUGCUGCUGCUCUUUACCGCUCACUAGUGAGCAAGAUCCAGCAUAAACACACAAAAACACAGAGCGUGUUUACAUGCACUACAUAAUCUGAUUAUAAACAGAUUUCUGCAGUUACCUGAUUAUUCAGGUAUCAGAUUUCAAAUUUUAAAAUCCAAUAAUGAGAGCUGGAUUUUAGAGAUGCUGAAGUAAAUUAAGUAAAUUUUGUGCCAAAAGUUUAAUGCAAAAAAAAUCUACAAACAAAAUUUUAGGAAUCAGAAAGAAAAAGUGUAUGUUGCAAAUUCAAAAGAGAAAAAUAUAUAGCAAAUACAUGUUUUUAUAAAUACUUGAUUACUUUAUUAUCCUUUACAGUCACUUACAAAUUAUUUCAGUUUGGAUUUUGCCAGUCUUUGCUUUUCAUUUUUGUGUUUUAGUGGAUUUGCUGUGGAGUUUUGGCCCAUUUUUAACGGAUGGAUGGAGCUUAGAAGAAGGUGUUCCUCUUGAAUCUCUAUUGGUCACCUGAUUUUGGACUAACUGGUACCCUAAAUCCUUGUCUGAGACCUACAAAUGGAGGUUCAAAGAGAACACCUUCUUCUAAGCCCCGCUCACCUGUAAAAGCUGUGCCAAAAAAUUAAGCAGAAUCAAACAAGAGAUUUCAGAAACAAAAGUGAAAGUAAAAAACCAACAAAGUCCAAACGAAUAUCAUUUAAGUAAUUUUUUUCUCUUUUGUAUUUGCAGCAUACACUUUUUCCUUUUGAUUCUUAAAUUUUUGAUUGCAGACUUUUUUUUUGUGCAUACAAUUUUUGGCACCAAAUUCACUCGAUAAAUAAUCCCCAUCUUCUGACUGAUGUAUGCUUAUACUGCAGCUCAAUUGAACUACUCAAGUAAACUUAGGAGUUUUCUAGUUAUCUGAUUACCAAAGUCCAUGUAAACGCAUUGAUCAGAUUACUGUCUCAAAACUAAAGUUUUUUUAGUAGUCAGAUUAUGAAGUGCAUGUAUACACACUCUUAAACAGAGGAGUGUAAAUGUCUCGUGACACUUUCACAGCUCUGCCUGCAGUCCAGUCCUGACAUUUAAAACCUCUAGAUUUGAUUUAAUUCUUUUUUAUUUAUUUUCAAGAUCUACAUAUUUUCUAUAAGCCUUUUAAUUUUCUUGUGACUUAAGCCAGAUAUGCUAACUGUUUGUAGAACAAGCAAUUCACUAAAGGGUUGUAACACAAAAUAUUGUGGAAGUCACAAUCGUAAUCAUAACACUAAUCCCAAACUGAAGUCUGACCUGAAGUAUGAAGUGCAUAGAUAUAUUAUUUUGGAUUCAAAUAAACCGCUGUUGCUCUGCAGUGAUUGAAUGCAACAUUUUGUGCCUUUUUUUCUUGCUGACAUUGUUUUUUAGCGUCAAAAAGACCACUAACUUUAAUUUCCAAUGCUUCUUUGUCUGUGACAUUUUGGUUAAAUCAUGUGAAGGCAAAGCUGCCAGAUAACUACUGUGCUUUUCCAUUAUUCUCACUCAGAAUUCCCACUUUCAUUUUGUAUAUUGUUUUUAAUCCUAAUUAUUUGGCACUUUCUUAAUGCAUUAUUCCUGGUGUUAACUGUACCACACCACUGCUAUUAACUGCAUUGAUGGUACACAGGUUUGUGUGUGUUGCUUAAGUUUACAUCUGGCUAUAUUAUUUUUUUGUUAUAUAUUUAUUAAGUUGCCCCCAAUUUGUUUAUAAUACUUACAGGACUUUUUUGUUUUGUUUGAAUUUUUACUAGACUUUAAGUUUCACAGCUCAUGAUGGUACACUGCUCUUCCCCAAAAAUGUAGACAAAAAAUAUGUGGUGUGUUCUGUUUCUUUUUCACAUUACACUCAGUUCUAUAUUCAUAAAGAAUAGCAUAUAUUUGUGAGAUUUGUUGUACUAGAUCUUUUUAAAUAGGUAUUUAGUAAUAGUAAACUUCCUUUAAAUCAAUAACUUCACUGAGAGCAGCAAAAAAAAGUGAGAUUUUAAUUCUGCACUGUUUUCAGUGCUGUUACCGUGAAUAUGCAAGUGUAAAAUGGUUUUCUCUGUUUAGCAGGCACAGAAAAUCUGCACAUGAAUAGUAGUAACUCAUAAGAUAAAAUUGUGUAAAUCUCUUCUGUUUGUAUAUACUGUAAAGCCUAAUAAUAAAAAUGUGUGUAUUUUAAAUUAA